AUGUCACAGAAGAUUCCAGGACCAACUCCCCUGCCUGUGGUGGGCAACAUGCUCAGCAUAGAUCGAGAAUAUCCACUUGGUAGUCUGGAGCAAAUAGCAGAUCAAUAUGGACCUAUAUACACCUUGCACCUCAUGGGUCGAACUCCCUGCUUCAUCUCCUCUCAUGAACUCUUCGCAGACGCAUGCGACGAGACGAGAUUCGUAAAGGCCCUUGUUGGACCUCUAGUCAAACUUCGCGAAGUCGUGGGCGAUGGACUCUUCACUGCGAUGCCGGACGAGGAGAAUUGGGCCAUUGCUCACAGAACCUUGAUGCCUGCUUUUGGGCCUUUGCCUAUUCAAGCCAUGUUUCCUGAAAUGCAUGAUAUUGCCUCGCAGUUGGUAUUGAAAUGGGCGCGGUUUGGACCUGAGAGUGAUAUUGAUGUUACUUCGGAUUUCACAAGGUUGACGUUGGAUACCAUUGCACUUUGCGCAAUGGGGACGAGAUUCAACUCCUUCUACGACAACAAAUUACAUCCCUUUGUGGAUUCCAUGGUCGGAGUACUUGCUGGUGCAAACGCAAGAGGAAAGCGACCUCCAGCUGCCGACUACAUCUACAGAGCCGAGAAGCGGCAAUUCGAUCUAGAUGCUGCGUAUCUUCAGAAAAUUGCCAUGGAGCUGGUCCAGAAGCGUCGGGAGAACCCUUGCGAUAAGAAGGACCUCUUGAAUGCCAUGUUGAAGAACAGGGACCCGAAACUCGGCGUUGAGUUGAGUGAUGAAUCGAUUGUGAAUAAUAUGGUUACAUUUCUCGUUGCAGGACACGAAACCACAUCCGGACUGCUGUCGUUUUUAUUCUAUGCACUCUGCUCAAGUCCGGAAGCCUACGAAAAGGCACGGGAGGAGGUUGAUACUGUCAUUGGAAACGGAGCCAUCACAGUCGGCCACAUGUCAAAGCUACCCUAUCUCACAGCAUGUUUACGGGAGACUCUACGACUACACUCGACGGCUCCACUUUUUGCCCUCUGUCCCAAAGAAGAUGAUGUUCUUGCGGGGAAAUAUCCCGUGAAGAAGGGACAGACGAUUGGCUGUAUUCUAUCCAAGAUUCAGACCGAUCCGGCAGUAUAUGGAGAGGACGCGCAGGCCUUUAGACCGGAAAGAAUGCUUGACGAGCAAUUUGAAAAGUUGCCAAAGCAUGCUUGGAAGCCUUUUGGAACUGGAGUGCGAGCUUGCAUUGGUAGAGCGUUUGCAUGGCAAGAAGCUCUACUCACCACAGCUCUUCUAUUACAGAUCUUUGACUUUCGCAAAACGGAUCCGAGCUACAAGCUCAAAGUACAGCAAACAUUGACGAUCAAACCUGAUGGAUUUCUAAUGCGAGCAAAGAUGCGGAAUCCUGAGGUCUUGGAGCAGCUGGGUGCAGUCUCGGUUGACGGAAGCAAAUCUACGACAUCGACUGGCGCUGCUCGAUCUUCUAAACAAAGCGAGGGAGCUGGAGACUCAGGUACAAGGAUCAACAUCAUGUACGGCUCCAACACUGGAACAUGUGAGUCUCUCGCUACAUCACUUGCAUCGACUGCCAAAUCCAGGGGUUUCAACGCGCAUGUGGACACACUCGACAAUUCGAUCUCAGCAUUGAGUCAGGAGGAUCCAGCGAUCAUCAUCACAGCAAGCUACGAAGGUCAACCUCCGGAUAAUGCCAUCAAGUUCGUGGAAUGGCUCAAGUCCGCUGAAGAAGGCAGUCUCUCGAAAUCGAAAUACGCAGUGUUUGGGGUUGGAAAUCGGGAAUGGGUUUCAACUUACCAGAAAGUUCCCACCACGAUUGAUGGCGAUUUGCUUGGAAAGGGAGCACAUCAGCUCGUCAAACGUGGAAUUGCAGAUGUGAGCGAUGGAGACAUCUUCAACGCUUUCGACAAAUGGACGGAUGAGCUCUUGUGGCCGGCCAUCGAUGGUGGGAAAUCAUCGACUGCGAGAGACGCUGCUGGACURCAGGUUACGAUCAACACGGACACUCGAACGAAACAGCUACGCCAAGAUGUACAGGUGGCGGUAGUGCAAGAUUGUAGACUGUUGACUGCACCUGGCAAGCCUGCGAAGCGGCAUCUACAGCUGAAGCUUCCGGAGGGUAUGAAGUACAAAGCUGGUGACUAUCUCGCAGUCCUUCCAUUGAACCCCGAACAAUCAGUCCGCAGAGCAAUGGCACGCUUCAAUCUAACCCUCGACGCAACCCUAACAAUCGAAGAAGGAUCCCAAACCACAAUCCCCACAGGCCGUCCCAUCAGCGCCUUCGACGUCUUCUCCUCAUACGUCGAGCUAGGUCAACCGGCAACAACCAAACAAGUCCUCCAACUUUCCCAAACAGCAUCUAACGAGACCUCCAAACAAGAACUCACCCAACUAGCCAGCACAGUCUCCCCGCAAACCAAACUCAAAAGUCUCCUCGAACUUCUCGAACAAUACCCUUCCACAACCUACACUCUCGGCCAAUUCCUCGAAGCAGUCCCCUCGAUGCGCACAAGACAAUACAGCAUCUCCUCCUCCCCACUCCAAGAUCCCACCAGCGCCUCCCUAACAUACUCCGUCAUCGACGCCCCAAUCGAUCCCUCCAACCCCACAACCAGUCGAAGAUUCCUAGGGGUGGCGAGUAACCACCUCGCCCGCGCCCAACCCGGAGAUCGAAUCCAAAUCGCUCUCCGACCCAGUCACGCAGGCUUCCAUCUCCCGGCCGACGACCCUUCCCGACCAGUCCUAAUGGCUUGCGCGGGAACGGGUCUCGCGCCCUUUCGUGCCUUUGUACAAGAACGCGCGGUCAAAAUCCUCUCGGGGGAGAAAUUGGGGCGAGCCAUGUUAUUUUUCGGAUGUAAUGCUCCGGGAGAAGAUGACAUGUAUCGUGAGGAAUUUGAUGUCUGGGAAGAAAUUGGAGCGGUGGAGGUGCGGAGGGCGUUUACGUUUGCUGAGGAGAGGAGUGAGGGGUGUAAAUUUGUGCAGCAUCGUGUGUGGAGGGAUCGGGAGGAAUUGGUGGAGUUGUUUAAGAGGGAUGCUUUUAUGUAUAUUUGUGGCGCUGGGGCGGUGGGGRGUGCUUUGGUGGAGACUGUUGAGAGGAUUUAUAUGGAGUUUAAGGGGUGUGGGGAGGAGGAGGCCAAGGUGUGGUUUGAGGGGUUGCGGGGGGAGAGGUAUUGGGCGGAUGUCUUUUCUUGA